CCCGCGGCCCGGCCGGGACCGGCGCCCCCUGGCGGCGGCGCGGGCGGAAAUGGCGGCGCGGCGCGGGCGGGACGAGCCCAACGCGGUGGCGCGGCUGUCGCAGUGGGCCGACGACCACCUGCGCCUCGUGCGGGGCGUCGCCGCCGUCCUGGGCCUGGCUGGGCUGCUGCUGCUGGGCCGAAGCCUGCGGCUGACGUCCCAGUUCACCCGCGCCUCGGACAUCCCCGUGGAGUUCCUCAGGAAGCAGGUGAAGCUCCGCGGGCGCGUGCGGCGCGUGUCGGCCACGGGGCUGGAGAUCGAGCACAUCCCCGUGCUCCGGCCGCCCCUGGCGCGCUGGCGGAGAGGGGAGCCGGCCGGGGCCCUGCAGGUGCGGUUGGCUGGGGUGGAGCUCACGGCGGCCGGGCACGCGUGGCUGCGGGAGGAGCUGCGGCCGGCACAGGCGCUGUGGUUCCAGCCGCUGGGAACGCAGGGGCCGGCGCUCCUGUGCUUCCUGCUGGUGAGGAAGGGGAGGCUCUUCAGCGUGAACCUGAACGAGGAGGCCCUGCGGCGCGGGCUGGGCAAGGCGGUGCCGGUGGACGGGCUGAGCCACGAGGACAAGGCCUACUGGACCGUGCACCGGCGCCUGCUGCGGGCCGAGCUGGCCGCCGUGCGCAGGGGCGCGGGGCUGUGGGCCGAGCCGGAGGCCCGGGGCGGCCGCCUGCAGCGCUUCCGCGGCUCCUGGCAGCAGGCAUGGGGCCGGGGCGUGGCCUGGGCGCAGAGGCUCCGGCAGCUGCUCCGGAGAGACUGAGACCAGGUGAGGCCCGCCCGGACGCCCACCUACCUGCCUGUCGGGGACUGGCGGGUCCAGGGUGGGGCCAGCACUGCCCCCAGAGCGCACCUGCUCAGGGUCUUUCCAUCCAAAGUUUUGUGCAUUACCCCCCCCCCCGGGCUACUCGUCGUACAGUGCUCAGGGUGCUACCAGGGAUCAAACCUGAGCCUCCUGUUUGCAAAGCCAGUGGUCGGACAGGAGCGGGAGCACUGCUGGGAGAGCAUUGGCCUCGCACAUGGCAUCCCAUAUGGUCCCCAAGCACCACCAGGAGUCACCCUGAGCACUGCCGGCUCCCACCCCCCAAGCAGCACCAGCAGGCGCUCAGCCCUGGGGGGGUGGGAGGGGGCACUGUUUCACGCACUGAAAGCACGAGGCCCGGCUUUGCAGGAGAGACCCUGAGCACAGCAGGCGGCCCCAGAAAAACACUCCAGGAAAGCCUUUUUGUGUAAAAAGAAUGUGGAUUUUGAAAAUAUUUACUUUGGACACACCAAGCACCCCAUACAUGUGCUGUAAACAUGCCAAUAAACGGAACAAAAGCUGA